AUGGACAUCCCAAUCCUUGUUAUCAUGGAAAUUUUGCUGAGAUUACCAGCUAAGAGUCUAGUUCGAGUUAGGUACGUUUGUAAGACCUGGUACAACAUUAUCUCAGACCCCUAUUUCACUAGAAUGCACCUUGCUAGAGCACCUACAGCCAGCCUUGUUAUCCAGACUCUUCUUUCAUGUAAUCCUGGUUGCUACAGUAAAUUCUAUAUGCUUGGGCAUGCAGAAUGGGACACUCGUGGUCACUCAUCGUUUGCCCCAUUGAAGAAAUUGCCUCAAAAGUUUUAUCUCCUGGGACAGAACAUGAUACUACUCACUUCCUGCAAUGGAUUGCUGUGCUUGAGUGCAGUUCGUCACAAAAAAGAGGUCACAUGUGUCUGUAACAUAGCUACAGGGGAGUACAUGACUCUUCCAGGAGCCAAAACUAAGGAUGAUCGAUUCUGGCAAACAAUACGCGGAUUUGGUUACAGUCCUAAAACAAAUCAAUACAAGCUGAUUGCAGAGCUUGCACUUGAUAAGGGAUUUCGUCGUCCCGAUUUUAAUCCUGCCCCUCGGGUUGAGGUAUACACACUUGGUGCAGAUAGUUGGAGAAUCAUUGGAGAUGCCCCAUAUUCAUUUGUUGGACCAUAUUUUGGUACUUUCUUGAAUGGUGCUCUUCACUGUUUGAUUCAACCAAUUGAUACUACUGAUUCCACUUCCACAUUCAUUUGUAGUUUUGACAUUGAGAAGGAAGAGUUUCAACCAUUUCCAGGACCCCCAGUUCAAGACUUGGGUCCAAAUUGGGAGAUUGAACACAUCCAUUUGGGUGCUUCAGGAGGUUUUCUCUACUUAUGUGAGAACUAUCCAACUUCUUCUUCUGUUGAUAUUUGGGUCAUGAAGGAAUAUGGUAACGAGCAGUCUUGGAUGAAAGAGUUUGUCAUCUCUAAUACUUCCUGGAAAAGAGGACCUGUAUAUUUUCUCAACUAUGGUAUGGGGGAUGAAAUAUAUGCGUUACGCAAUUUUAAUCAGCUAUGUGCGUACAAUGCAAGAAGCAAAUGUUUCAGGGAAGUUCAGGUUUGUGGCAUUUAUCCAGAAUUCCAUGCAAUUCCUUACACUCCUAGCCUUGUUUCACUCAAGGAUGCUGUGGCUGGAGAAAAAUCAAAGGGGCAUAUCAAGAACAUCCAAUCUCUUCCAAAGAAAAAAUGGGUGAAGAAAUUGUAUAACUUCUUAUUAUCAGCACCCUUCAAAGCUGAGGCACUAUGUGGAAUGAUCCUUCCUCCACCCAAAGUUAUGGGAAUAAGAUUGCCUGAUCCUUUACUCAGGCAAUUUGAGUGA